AUGUUAUCCAAUAUAAAUAAUAAAAAAGAAGUUAUUGAAAAUAAUCCAGCACUAGUCCAUCAUAUUUAUCAAUAUUUUCAAGCAGUCUAUCCUCGUCAAGAUACAAGCAGAAUGAUUGACUUUCAAAAAUCCAAACGUAUGGAAAUAUUUAAAUCAAAUUUACUAUAUGUUAUGCGGCAUAAUGAAGAUUCUUCAACAACAUUUAAAUUAAAAAUAAAUCAAAUGAGUGAUUGGACUGAUGAAGAAAGAGAUGCAUUACGUUCAGACUUAGAAGUUGAAACACCUAAUAAUCAACAACCAACAGAAUCACGUGAUGACACAAUAGUUCCACCAGAAUAUGAUUGGACUAAUCAAACGCGUGUUCCAGGCGCUGUUACACCUAUCAAAGAUCAACGUCGUUGUGGUUCAUGCUAUGCUUUUGGUAUGGUUGGAGCCUUGGAAAAAACAUAUGCAGAAAUUUAUAAAGAAUCUGGUCCACUAAGUCCGCAACAAUUAAUUGAUUGUUCAGGUCAACAUGGUUGUGAAGGAGGAGGUUUUAUUGGAUCAUUUCGUUAUAUUCAAAGAAAUGAUUAUAGACUUAAUUUGGAAAAAGAUUAUCCAUCAACAGCCGAUGGAAAAAAACAAGAGAAAUGUCAAAAUGAAAGUGGAGUACGUCUUUCGUAUAAUUCAACUCGUCAACUUCGAUAUGAACUGAUACCAUUUGGAAAUGAAGAAUAUAUGAAAAAAAUUGUUUAUGAACGAGGUCCAGUCUUUGUUUCUUUCAAUUGUGGCGUACGCAAAGGUAAUAAUACUAUUCUACGAGAAGUAUCAGAUAAAUUUGAUCAUUAUGCAUCUGGUAUUUUUGAUGUACCUGGAUGUCCAACAUUUCAAAAUCUCAAUCAUGCACCUGUUGUUGUUGGCUAUGGAACUGAAAAUGGUACUGAUUAUUGGAAAGUUAAAAAUUCAUGGGGACCAAAUUGGGGUGAUCAUGGUUAUAUCAAAAUUAGACGAAAUAAGAACAUGUGUGGAAUUGCUACUUUGACUUAUUCUGCUGGAAUCUUUUGA